AUGGAUUUCGAAGCUCUGAAAGAUCAAUGGAGCGAUGUGGAAGAUCGCGAUGGAAUUCGGCUGAGUUGGAACACUUUCCCGAGCUCUCGCAUGGAAGCCUCCCGCUUGGUCGUUCCCAUCGCUGCCGUAUACACGCCAUUGAAGGAGAAGCCUGAUUCGCCAUUGCUUCAAUAUGAGCCGGUUACUUGCAAGCAGCCCUGCCGGGCCGUUCUCAACCCAUAUGCGACCGUCGACAUCCGCGCGCGAAUCUGGAUCUGCCCCUUUUGUCUGAUGCGCAAUCCUCUUCCGCCUCACUACAAGGAUAUCACCGAAAACACAAUACCCCCCGAGCUCCACCCGCAGAGCACCACCAUCGAGUACCAACUGGCACGACCCGCUCCGGCGCCCCCGAUCUUUGUUUAUGUGGUGGACACUUGCCAGGAGGAUGAUAGCCUGCAGGCGCUCAAGGACUCGCUCAUUAUGAGCUUGUCAUUGCUCCCCCCGAAUGCGCUGGUUGGCUUAAUCACCUACGGCACAAUGACACAAGUGCACGAGCUUGGUUACACCGAGUGCGCCAAAUCGUACGUCUUCCGAGGCAACAAGGACUACACUGCCAAGCAGGUGCAGGAGAUGCUUGGUCUUGCUUCGGGUAUGCGUCCCGGCAUGCCUCCUCAACAGCAACCGCAACGCCCUCCCCUCGGCCCCGCCGCUCGAUUCCUCCUGCCGGUUCAACAGGCUGAGUUCCAGAUUACCAAUGUUCUUGAGCAGCUCCAGCGUGACCCGUGGCCCGUCGCAAACGAUAGACGUGCUUUGCGUUGUACCGGGGUGGCUCUCAGUGUUGCUGUUGGUCUGCUCGAGACAUCCUUCCAAAAUGCCGGAGGCCGCAUCAUGAACUUCACUAGUGGACCUGCCACAGAUGGACCUGGCCAGGUCGUCUCACCCGAGCUGAAGGAGCCAAUUCGUUCGCAUCACGAUAUCGAUCGAGACAACAUCAAGUUCUAUAAGAAGGCUGUCAAGUUCUAUGAUAAUCUUGCCAAGCGCGCUGCCAACAAUGGUCACGUCGUUGAUAUAUUCGCCGGUUGUCUGGACCAGGUCGGUCUUCUGGAAAUGAAGAACCUCUCCAACUAUACUGGUGGCCACAUGCUGCUUACGGACAGUUUUACUUCCUCCCAAUUCAAGCAAUCGUUCGUCCGGGUUUUCGACAAGGACGCCAAUGAUAAUCUUCUGAUGGGAUUUAAUGCCUCACUCGAGGUGUUGACCACCAAGGAACUCAAGGUCACUGGUCUCAUUGGUCACGCGAUCUCUCUGAACAAGAAGUCAAGCUCGGUUGGCGAGACAGAAUGUGGUAUUGGCAAUACCUGCGCUUGGAAGAUGUGCGGCAUCGACCCCUCCGCCAGCUAUGGCGUCUAUUUUGAAAUUGCCAACCAAGGUGGUCCUGCUGCGGUUCAGCCCGGUCCUCAACGUGGUAUGAUGCAAUUCUUGACAUACUACCAACACUCCUCCGGGCAUUACCACCUGCGUGUGACGACUACUGCACGCCCCCUGAGUGGCCCCGCGGGCGACCCGACGCUAGCACAGUCCUUCGACCAAGAGGCUGCCGCCGUACUUAUGGCUCGAAUCGCGGUCUACAAGGCAGAGGUCGACGAUGGUCCCGACGUACUGCGCUGGGUAGAUCGGAUGUUGAUCAGGUUGUGCUCACGCUUUGCGGAUUACCGGAAGGAUGACCCGACGUCAUUCAGACUGGAAAAGAACUUCACUCUCUAUCCUCAGUUCAUGUUCCACUUGCGGCGAAGUCAAUUCCUGCAAGUGUUCAACAACUCGCCCGAUGAGACCGCUUUCUACCGUCAUGUCCUGAACUACGAGGAUGCUGGUGACUCGCUCGUCAUGAUUCAGCCCACUCUGGACUCCUACUCUCUGGAGGUGGAGGGCAGCCAGCCUGUCCUGCUGGACUCUGCUUCCAUCCAGCCCGCGCAUAUUCUCCUCCUCGACACCUUCUUCCACAUUCUCAUAUUCCACGGCGAGACCAUUGCCGAAUGGAGGAAAGCUGGCUACCAGGACCAGGAGGGCUACGAGAACCUCAAGGCGCUUCUGGAACAGCCGAAAGAGGAUGCUAGGGAACUCAUUGCUGACCGCUUCCCUCUGCCUCGAUUCAUUGUCUGUGAUGCUGGCGGCUCUCAGGCCCGUUUCCUUCUCUCUAAGUUGAACCCGUCGACCACUCACACCACAGGUGGAUACGGUGGUGGCGUGUCCUCGCAGACCAUCUUCACUGAUGAUGUUUCGUUGCAGACCUUCAUGGACCACCUGAUGAAGCUUGCGGUGUCCGGCACUAGUUAA